GUUCCGCAAAUCUGUAGGGACGAGCCGUGCCAGCUUGGGGUGGAUGAGGCAGGUCGCGGUCCGGUUUUAGGUCCGAUGGUUUACGGGAUCUCGUAUGCUCCGCUGUCGCGGAAGCAGUUGCUCGUCGAUCUAGGCUGCGCCGAUUCUAAAAGUCUGACGGAAAAGAAGCGCGAUGAGAUAUUCGAUGACAUGUGCAAGCAUAAGGACAGUAUAGGCUGGGCAAUCGAAGCGAUAUCGCCUAACGUUAUCGCCAACAGCAUGUAUCGUCGUACCAAGAUCUCGCUCAACGAGGUCUCCAUGAUCUCAGCCACCAAACUAAUACAAGGGGCGAUUGAAGCCGGGGUAAACGUUGCCGAGAUUUAUGUGGAUACUGUCGGUAAACCGGAGUCUUACCAGGCGCGACUGAACGGCGUAUUUCCCGGCGUGAAGAUAGUCGUGGCGAAGAAAGCGGACGCAACCUAUCCAAUCGUCAGCGCGGCCAGUAUAUGUGCCAAGGUAUCGCGAGAUCACGCGUUGCGAGUUUGGCGAUUUCGCGAGGGUGACUGUAUCGGGACGGAAUUUGGUAGCGGUUAUCCCACCGAUCCGGUGACUAAAAACUGGCUGUCCGCGAACGUGGACGGGGUAUUCGGUUUUCCGCAGCUCGUUCGAUUCAGCUGGUCCACUGCUGAACAGAUUCUCGAGUCGAAAGCGCUGACAGUAGAAUGGGAAGAAACGGAGGAAGCGGAGACGCCCAACGAGCAGAAAAUUUCGAAGUUUUUCGCCAAGUCUCCGGCUAAAUUGCCUAACGUUCAUACGAAAAAACACCCUUUCUUUACGGAACGCUGUCUAUCCAACGCAAGUAUCUUAUGAUACAUGUUUUAUGUUGAAAUUCUUCCCAUUA